CGCCUAUCCGCGCUACGAAAUCCAAUCCUGGACAGUGGAGCCUCGUGGUGGUGGUGGUGGUCUUUGCGAUCUUCCACUCUGCACGUUACCUUCUUUUAAACAACUUACAUUUAAAACAGAAACUAUCGCUGUUACCCUCGCCGCCGAGAUGGGGAAGCUGAACGCGACGAUGCUGAGAUACCUGUCCAGGGAUGACUUUCGGGUUCUGGUUGCGGUUGAAAUGGGCAUGAAGAACCACGAGAUCGUGCCCAACUGCCUCAUCACCUCCAUUGCCAACCUCAAGCACGGCGGCACCAACAAGGUGCUGCGGGAGCUUGUCAAGCACCGCCUGCUCGCCUACGAACGUGCCAAGACUGUGCAGGGCUACCGGCUGACCUUCUCGGGCUACGACUACCUGUCGCUGAAAACGCUGGCGGCGCGGGACACCGUGUCCUCCAUUGGCAACCAGAUUGGAGUCGGCAAGGAAUCCGACAUUUACAUCGUGGCGAAUGAGGAGCAGAAGCAGAUGGCCAUGAAGCUGCACCGGCUGGGCCGCACGUCCUUCCGCAACCUCAAGAUCAAGCGAGACUACCACAAGCACCGGCAGCGCGUCUCCUGGCUCUACCUGUCCCGCCUCGCCGCCAUGAAGGAGUAUGCCUACAUGAAGGCGUUGUACGAACGUGGUUUCCCCGUUCCCAAGCCCGUCGACUUUUCCCGACACGCGGUCAUCAUGGAGCUCCUCAGCGGUUACCCUCUCUGCCAGAUCCGCGAGCUGGCCGACCCGGCGGCGCUCUACAGCGACCUCAUGGAUUUGAUCGUGCGGCUGGCGAACCACGGCCUCAUCCACGGCGACUUCAACGAGUUCAACCUGAUGCUGGACCAGCGGGACCGCGUCACCAUGAUCGACUUCCCGCAGAUGGUGUCCACCUCGCACGCCAAUGCCGAGUGGUACUUUGACCGUGACGUCAAGUGCAUCAGAGACUUCUUCGCGAAACGCUUCGCCUACGAAAGCGAGCUCUUCCCGACCUUCAGAGAUGUCAAGCGCGAGACGAACCUGGACGUUGAGAUCUCGGCGAGCGGCUACACCAAGGACCUGCAGGAGGACGAUGAGCUCCUUCACCCGGCCGGGCCUGAUGGAGACGACGGCACGGCCUCGUCUGACUCGGAAACGGAGCCACCCAACGCCGAGUCGCGAAUCUCGCCGGCGGAAGAAAAUCCGGACGAUGAUCGCAAACUCCCAGACGACGAGAAGGGCCCGACGACAGAGUUUGACCUCGGCCACGGCCACGAAGCUGACUUGGGCCGCGACGUUGACCGACGCGAAGACCACGAUGACAAACUGGCCGAAGAAGUGGACAGGCUGGCGGUAAAAGACGAAACUUCCGGGGAACUGUGCCGGGAGGUCGGUAGAAUUGGGCCGCCACAGGAAGGUGGCACACCCGGUUCUGAUUGCGGUGAGCUUUGCCGGGAGGUUCUGAGUAAGGAGGAUUGUGCUGCAUUACCCGGAAAGAAGGCGGACAAGGAGGAAGAAGGCGUGGACCAAGACCUUGUCAAACUAUCGGAGUUGAAUAAGGAGUUCAGGCCGUACAGAGAUGAGGAAAGCCUGCAGCACCUGAACGAGCAUCUCGCCUCCAGCCGUCGGCACCGGACAGACAGCGAGUGCUCUGGGACAUCCUUCCUUAGCAGCCACUCCACCAUCGCUCCUGACGUAAUCCGCAUGAAGGUGAAGCGGCAGCUGACGAAGCAGCAGAAGGCCGCCGCACGGCGCCGACUGCAGAAAGGCGAGGCCAACGUCUACACGACGAUACGCCGCGAGAACAUGGACACCAUCCGCUCGUCCGUGGACUCCAACGACUUUUGGGGGUGACCUCUUCCCCUCGACGGCGGCGGCCGGUGGCAAACGCAGUCGGGGGCCCCCCUUUUGCGGAAGUCGUCGAGUGGCCAUGGGGAAACGUCUCGCUUUCCCAGCUUGGUUUGUCCAAUGUCUUUUUUUUUUGCGGGUUGUUGCCAUCGCGCUGUUCGCCGCGAUGUCCGAUGUUUUUUUCUCCAGGGAACCCAGAAAAUGGAGCGAAACAACGUUGGACAACUUUGCAUAGUGGUGUCCAGGUUUUGGUUUUCACGCAGUUUAAAAAUAUUAUUGCUUUUACGAUAGCACAUGUAAAAUAACUCGGUGUGUUUGGAAAACAUUUUAAAUAUAUAUUUUUUCGAUGUGAAAGUGUAAAUUAUGUUUUGACUGUACUAUCGUCAUCAUCACCACCCAUGAUCUAUCCACUGCUGGAUGAAGGCCUAGGCAAGUCGAUUACAUCUCUCACUGUUCUGCGAUGUAACAAUCCCAUCAAGUGUUUUCAUUGCUCCAUAUAUCCUCUUGGAUGCCGUACCCUCCUGUAAUAAAAUCACAAUAAAUUUAUAGUGUCCCGAGAAAAUAAA